AUGAAUGAAGACAAUGAGAGCGUUUGUUUGAACAGGUCCCAGAGCGAGCUGGACCGCUUCAGCAACCUGGAGGACAUUGACGUGACCGCAGACGGGAGCCCGAUCUUGAGAUUUCUCAUUUGUCUUGUUUAUUCUGUUGUCUGCGCUGCGGGUCUGGUGGGGAACCUUUUGGUCAUCUUCUUCAUUAAGGUCAAACAAGACAGGAAAAAGUCCAGAUUGAACUUCUUCGUGCUUAAUUUGGCAGUGACGGACCUCCAGUUCGUGCUCACUUUGCCCUUCUGGGCUGUGGACACCGUGCUGGACUUCAGCUGGCCGUUUGGAGACGCCAUGUGCAAAAUCAUCCUCUCAGUCACCGUGAUGAACAUGUACGCCAGCGUUUUUUUUCUCACUGCCAUGAGUGUGACCCGCUACUGGUCAGUUGCAUCGGCUCUGAACAACAGAACCGUGCAGAAGUCUUGUUCCACCAAAUGGGUCUGCGCAAUUAUUUGGAUACUGGCGACUCUGGCGACUGCGCCAACGUCGAUUUUCUCAACUGUCAGCAACGUAACUGGGGAAAAACUCUGUUUGCUGAGGUUUCCUGGUGGACAGUACUGGUUAGCAGUUUAUCACAUACAGAAAAUACUUGUUGGCUUUGUAUUGCCAAUGUCCAUCGUGUCCAUCAGUUACAUGAUGCUGCUGCGUUUCAUCCGCAAUAGGAGUAUGAAAACAAGCAACCCCAAACGGAGAUCGCAAGUUACAAAAUCUAUCACCAUCGUCGUGCUGUCCUUCUUUCUAUGCUGGAUGCCAAACCAUGCCAUCACCCUUUGGAGUGUGCUGGUCAAACUGAAUGUAGCCAACUGGGACAGAGCGUAUUACUUGGUCCAUACCUAUGUGUUCCCACUGACCGUCUGCCUGGCGCACACUAACAGCUGCCUGAACCCCUUUAUUUACUGCCUCAUGAGGAAGGAGUUCAGGGACAAGCUGAGGGGUCUGAUACAUAGAGGGUAG